GGGGAGAGAAGACUUUGCCAUUUUCCAAGAUGGCGUCUGCUUAGCUUCAUCCCGCCUGAGAAAACAGCGCCACCGGCCCCGCCCUUUACCAGUUCCCGCCAUGGCGGCCAUGAGCCUGGUUCUCCGGGCAGCGGCUGCCUGGGGUGCCCGGCGGGCGGCCAGUGGCGCGCCGAGGGGAGCUCACCUGCCUUGGCUCGGCGGAGCCUCUCGCUUUCCCGGCACUGUCGCUCCUGUACGACAUAGCAGCAGCCAUGGGAAAAGAAUGUUCAUUAUCAACGCAACAAAAUUUUAUGAUACUCGAUUUCUGAACUUGUUGCGAUUCUAUAUAUUUCUGACGGGAAUACCAGUGGCAAUAUUUAUAACAUAUGUCAACAUCUUCAUUGGUGAAGCUGAACUUGCAGAGAUUCCUGAAGGUUAUAUUCCAGAGUACUGGGAAUACUACAAACACCCUAUAAGUCGCUGGAUAGCUCGUUACCUCCUUGACCCCCCUGAAAAGGACUAUGAAAAGGAGAUGGCUGUACUUCAUGUUGAAGCGCAGAAAACUCAAAUGAGGCUGAUGGAGUUGGAGGCACGCAAACUGAUGAGACAGAGGGGCGAUGGACCUUGGUAUCAAUAUGAAACACCUGAUAAAAAUCUUGUUGACAAUUCUAUGAAAUCCACACCUGACAAUUAAACAGUUUUAAGACUGUAUGCAUGGUCUUAAAUGCAUACCAACAGAUUGUGGCUGAGUUAUGUAAUACACAUCCUGCUGUUAACUGAUGGAAAUCAAUAAACCGUGUUUUUGUUGAUUCUCAUAAUUUGAAAGAAACUGUGUGGUAGUUAAGCUCAUAUAGCUCUUAAAGCUGUUAAUCAGAGAAAAUGCCUUAUAUCAGUUGCCAACAGUUAUUCCUUUUCUCUAGAACACAGGUGUAGAAUGGGCUUUGUGACCUAAUAUAUAUGAAACAAGUUGGUGUUAGUGUGCAUCGUGUGAAUUCUAGUAUUAAAAAUUUUCAAUGAAAGGUA